AUGGUAGAAGAACUUUUAAGUAAUGAAGAAAUUAAUGCUCAAAAGCAAUGGAGAUUAGCUGAAAUUCAUGCAGGCAGAAUGCUGCUAGCAGAGCAUGAGGUUCAAAAACAUAAACAACAAGAAAAAAAUUUACUUCAAAACAUAACUGAAAUACUAGUUGAACGAUAUUGGAUAGUUUUAUCUGAUACAAAUUUAGAAACAAAUUAUUCAGUUGAAAUGAAUGUAAAUUCUCAAGCUCAAUUUGAAAGACAAUUAUAUGAACUG